AGUGGCGUAUUGCAAACAUAACCUCCACUAUAAAAUGUUCGAACAUUCAUGGAUGAUACAGAAGUUUUUGACAUUCGAAAGAAUUUGAUUAAACGUGUGUAAUUUGAUUCAGUUUAGUGCAAGUAAAGUAAAUUGCAUCAUGAAAGUCAUCGUGAAGAUUCUUCAAGGAAAAGAAUGUGUUGUGGAAAUCAUGCCUUCAGAAACUGUUUUGGAAUUGAAGCAUAAAGUGAGCAGUCUUUUAGGGAUUGAUGUUCCUCAACAGAAAUUGUUACUGACGGGCAAAGCUCUUGCAGAUGAAAAUCCCUUGAGUUUCUACCCAGGCAUCAAGGAUGGAAGCAAACUGAAUUUAGUGGUUAAAAAGGCAGUAGGUGAAUCGAAUGAAGGGAAAUCAUCCCAUAAUCAAUCUAGCACACAACUCUUAAGAGUUGAAAUGUCAAGAGUGUUAAGGCAUUAUUAUACCGAAUCAGAAACAGAGUCAAUAGUCAAUGAAUUGAUAAAAGACUUGAAAAAUAAAGUGAAUAAUCUUAGUUUUGAUGAUUUGGAGAGAUUAGCAACUGCGCUUCUUCAAGACCAAGAGACCAUAGCUUAAGAUAAUUUGAAAACUUCAUCCACCUGCUUAUCAAUCUAAAAUUUGUAAAAUUAUACAAUGAUGACACUGUCAAGGAUCCGCUAAGUCUAAUUGACGGAAGUACCGUGCAACCAAACAGAUGAAUAAAUUUAAUACAGUUGUC